AUGAACAAAAUCUUGCGAGGAGUCAUCAAAUACCGUCAAACCAUCAGAGAGGAUCUGGUCAAGCAGUUUGAAGAAAUCAAAAAUAAUCCACAACCAACUUCCGUCAUGUUCACCUGCAUGGAUUCGAGAAUGUUGCCUACAAGAUUCACCCAAUCGCGUGUCGGAGAUAUGUUCGUCGUCAGAAACGCUGGAAACAUGAUUCCAGAAGCUCCUACCUAUGGUACAUCCUCCGAGGUAUCCGUGACCACCGAGCCAGCCGCUCUGGAACUUGCUGUCAAGAGAGGUGGAAUCAGACAUGUUGUGGUUUGUGGACAUUCGGAUUGCAAAGCUAUCAACACUCUGUACAGGCUCCACCAAUGCCCAAAGGAAUUCGACCCCUCCUCGCCGAUGGACAACUGGGUCAGAAGAAGUGGAUACAGUUCGAUCAAGAGACUGAACGAGCGUAUUCACCGAGGUCCAUCGAUAAUGAAAUUUGACUCGGAAGUUGCUCCCAGCCAAUCGUUCGAGGCUAUAAUUGAUCCGAUGGACAAACUUUCAGCAGAGGACAAACUUUCGCAGAUCAACGUCCUCCAGCAGCUUGUCAAUAUCUGCUCACACCAGAUCCUGCAGGAGCAUUUGGAGUCUGGACGUCUUCAUAUUCAUGGAAUGUGGUUCGACGUCUACACGGGAGACGACUACCUGUUCUCAAAGGAUAAGAAGAGAUUUGUGGUCAUUGACGAGAAGACUGUCGACAAACAUCUCUCUGAACUCAACGCUCGCUGCCCACUUCCAGAAGACCAAGAUGGACCAGUCGCGUUCGCCAAAGCCAAAUAG